AUGUAUCUCUCCAAGGUUCUUCUCGUUACCGGUGCGGCCUUCGCCCCGUUCGCCUCUGCUGCGGUGCAGGCUGUACCUACAGAAACACCUGUGCCCGUCUCAAGCACGCAGGUCGCAUCCACGCCGCUGGCACCAACUCCGACCUCCAUCUCGUCCAGCCCCCUUCAUACAGCCAGCAGCAGUAUUGUCAUCAGCAGCAGCAGCAGUAGCGCCAGAUUUCAUCCCAGCUCUUCUGCUUCGCCAAGCCAUAUGGCAAGUUCUAGCCGUCGUGUCUCUAGCUCCGCCAUUUCCAGCUCCGCCAUUGCCAGCUCCUCAGCUUCUUUCACCAGGUCAUACAUCACCAAGGCAUCAGCUCGCCCGACCACCACGACAUCGACCGACGCGGACUCAAAAUCGAAGUCAAACUCUGGUUCGGACUCCGAAUCCGCUACUGCGGCUGCAGCAUCUGCUACUCACUCGGGCGCCGCCGCUCCGGUCGUCCAGCUUUCUGGAGGUAUGGCUGCUGGGGUCCUCGCUGCUGCAGGAUUUAUCAUGCUCUAA